AUGAUCAAGAAGCUGCGAGAGGCUAGAUGGGCAGACGAUAUGGAUGACGUGGACAAUGAGAAUUAUUUGCUGGACAACAAACAAGUCCUGCUCAGUGAGGACGAUCCAAGACUAUUGCAAGAAGAGCUCAACAGCGCCCUCCAAGAGGCUUAUACUGAUUUACAAGUCAUGCUUCACAAGCUUUUUGACAAGUCUGAGACGACUAACAACGGCCAACAAGCAGCGUACUUGAUCCGUGUAUGGAGGGAACUACGGCAAUAUCUACCAAAGAGCUACCAAAAUGCUCAACUUGGAAUUGGUUCCAUACCUACCCUGCAGCAUACCAUCGCAAUUGAAGCACUUCGGGUGCCUCUGGAGCGAUGCUCGAAGCGUAUUGCCAAGAUGUCGCAAGCUAAGCUACUACAGGCGAGACCGCUUUGGGAAGGCGACCCCGAACUACCCGUCUUGCCGUCUGCAUGGACAUACAGAUUUCUGCUUGAACUUGCGUCAUCAAUGAGUGCUUGUGGCAGCGACGUGUGGAGUCCGCAAGCAGUCGAUACGCUGAAAAAGGAACUUAUACUGAGUAUAGCGCCAAUGCUUGAAGGACGUCAGGCUGUUCAAGUCAAUGGGCAUCGGGAUAGAGAUCUUCUUGAUGGCGAAGACAAGGAGGAAGAAGAACUCGAGGAAGAAGUCAAGAAAGACGAGGAGGAGAUAGAGGAAAGAUUCAGAGAGGAGAAUGGAGAGGUAAAUGGCGAAGAAGCGGGAAAAAGUGAGGAAAAAGAGGAGCGAAAUAGCAAGGAGCCAGAAAAGUAUCCGGAAAAGCCCCUGAAUGGAACUAUGAGCAACGGACACAUCGAGUUCAAGCCAGAAGAGGAGCCAGAAGACGGGAAGAUACAACGAUUCUUCGACGUUGCCUAUCUAACAAACGCUAGUGUCGUUAAAGAGACGGAAGCUGAGGACAAUCAGCUGGUUAGCCUACAGGGUUCACUAAUUCAAGAUCUUGCAUUCGAGCCGAAGGCAAUGGAGAGGAUGAAGAAGGAUGCUGCAGAGUAUUGGAAGCGGACGAGUCUGCUCUUUGCUUUGUUGGCCUAA